AUGCUAUUUUGCAUCAUCGUUCAUUUUUCCGAGCCUGGGGAUUCUGUUUUUUGGCUUGUCUACAUUGCUUCCAGCAUGCUCGGGGUCGGCUGCACAAUUCUUCUGGUCACCUCACUUACAAUGACAACAGACCUAAUUGACGGCAAUCGGACAACCAGCGCCUUUGUUUUUGGCUUCAUGUCACUGCUUGACAAAUUGUCGAAUGGCAUCGUGGUGCAGAUUAUCUCAUCUCUGGAGCCAGACACAGCCGAAGGUCGUGCUCGUUUUUAUAGGUCAAUCGAAGUCUAUGCAAUAGGUGGUUUCUUAUUCACUUGUGGUGCACUCUUAAUAUUACGAAUCCUAUUGGCACGUGUGUUUAAUAAGCGCGAACAGUCUCAGAACCAAUUGAUUCAUCAAACUAACCUUUAA